AGCCAUUGUGUGUAGGACCCGGAUGUCCUGCCGGCUUUUCAUCAUGGAGGCUUCCAAGGAGAGGUAUUUCUGAAGGAGACUGUUUGUUCGUACAUCUGUCAAUUGAAAUGUUCUGUUUCCUGAGAGUCAGUGUGAUGGAUCUACCAUGAAGUGUGCUCGCUGCCUGCUCCAGCUGCAAGGUCUCCGGCUGCAGGGUCUCCAGCUGCAGGGUCUCCGGCUGCAGGGUCUCCAGGGACAGUCCGCCCGGUCUGCAGCCCAGCAUGGAGCUCUGCUUCAGUCCUCCUCUCAGCCUCACAUGCUUCGAAACACCCAGCACCAGGUGAUAAGGCGUUUCCACAGGAGCCCGAUAAAUGACAAGAAUCAACCCAUCCCUGCAGAGUUCAUCAACGAGGACGACAAUAAAAAGGACAAGUCUCUGGUCAUCCAUGACGACCUGUUUGAGCAGGUUGCCAGGGAGACCAAAACCAAGGCCACGUUUAACAAAGUGAUGGAGGUGUUCAUCAAGCAGGACGUGAGGCGCCGCGGCCACGUGGAGUUCAUCUACGCCGCUCUGCAGAAGAUGCCGGAGUUCGGCGUGGAGAGAGACCUGGCCGUCUACAACAAGCUGCUGGACGUCUUCCCCAAAGAGGUGUUUGUGCCCAGGAACUUUAUCCAGAUCAUGUUCAACCACUACCCCCGGCAGCAGGAGUGUGGAGUGCAGCUGCUGGAGCAGAUGGAGGGCUAUGGUAUCAUGCCCAACGUUGACACCAAAGUCCUGCUGAUCCAGAUCUUUGGAGUGAAGGGCCACCCCAUGAGGAAAUACCAGCGCAUCAUGUACUGGUUCCCAAAGUUCAAACACACAAACCCCUACCCCAUCCCCAAGAAUCUGCCGGAAGACCCCGUGGACCUGGCACGCUUCAGCCUGGCCCGCAUCGCUGAUGACCGGGACGCUAAAGUCACCGUGUAUCAGCUGCCCUGCACCGACAUCACAGAGAGCGGGGAGGAGAUCACACUUCCACAUGUAGUCGGUAUCCAGAGCCCCAGCCAGAUGGAGCUGCUGGCCCAGCACAACCCCAGCCGGCCCGUGUUUGUGGAGGGCCCCUUCCCUCUGUGGCUCCGGGACAAGUGUGUGUACUACUACGUGCUCAGAGCAGACCCCGUAUCGCCUGAGGAGAAGGUGGAGGAGCCCUAUGACCCAGAGAGGUCUUUGGCGUAUCCUCUGCAGCUGGACCUGGAUCUGGACCGAGGCCUCGGGGACGAGGAGAGCUUCGAUGUGGAAGACUUGGACGAGGGGGCGGUGUUCGCCAUGUGUAUGACCAGCCAGGGAGACCAGGCCGUGCUCAACCAGUGGGUCUCCGGCCUCCAGCAGAACAACCCCAUCCUGGGCCGGGUCCCCACUCUGUUCCGCCUGGAGCAGGGGCCCCGCGAACUGCAGGGGGCCCAUAAAACAAAGUCAGACCACCAGCACAGGCCGGACCCCAGACCCAGAGAGGAAGAAGAAGAUGAGGUAUCAGUGGAGGAAGAGCUGAGGAGAAGCCAGGAGAUGAAGCAGUGAGCAGACUAACGACUGACAGAAGACUCAUAACACACUGUAUAUGUGGGUUUAUUUAUCAAGAUAUGUCCAUGCUGGGGAGGGGCUGGAUCAGAUUUCAACAGGGGUACACCAAGUCAGCAGUAAAUAAAUAUAAUUUAAAAGAAA